UGGACUGAUGAAGAGGUGGUUGCUGGUGGAAAGGAAAAGCAUAAAUAGAGGUGAAAGUCUUCUCUCGAGAUGGGGUUUUCUCUUCUCCUCAUCCUUGGAUCAGCAAGUUUCCGGACAAGAAGACCGAGCCUCAGAACGCUCCAGCCACCUUAGACACAACAAGACCAAUCCUUCAAAAUGCGGUUGUCCGUCCUCCUUUCCGUCCUUCCGCUGGUGCUGGCCGCUCCCGCCACCGAGAAGCGCGCCGAGCCUGCUCCCCUCCUUGUUCCCACGAGCAAGCACGGCCUCGUUGCCGACAAGUACAUUGUCAAGUUCAAGGACGGCAGCUCCCUCCAGGCCGUUGACGAGGCCAUUUCCGGCCUUGUCUCCAACGCCGACCACGUCUACCAGCAUGUCUUCCGUGGCUUCGCCGCCACUCUCGACCAGGAGACUCUCGAGGCUCUUCGAAACCACCCUGAAGUCGACUACAUCGAGCAGGAUGCCGUUGUGAAGAUCAACGCCUUUGUCUCGCAGUCCGGUGCCCCCUGGGGGCUUGGCCGCAUCUCCCACAGGGCCCGUGGAAGCACCACCUACGUCUACGACGACAGUGCCGGCGAGGGGACGUGCGCCUACGUUAUUGACACGGGCGUCGAUGCGACUCACCCCGAUUUCGAGGGCCGCGCUACCUUGCUCCGAAGCUUUGUCAGUGGCCAGAACACGGACGGCAACGGCCACGGCACGCACGUCUCGGGAACCAUUGGCAGCCGCACCUAUGGCGUCGCGAAGAAGACGUCGAUCUACGGGGUCAAGGUGCUCGACAACUCGGGGUCCGGCUCUUUCUCCACCGUCAUCGCCGGCAUGGACUAUGUCGCCAGCGACGCCCAGACCAGGAACUGCCCCAACGGCGCCGUCGCCAACAUGUCGCUGGGAGGCGGCUUCACGGCCUCGGUCAACCAGGCCGCCGCCCGCCUCAUCCAGGCCGGCGUCUUCCUAGCCGUGGCUGCUGGCAACGACGGCACCGACGCCCGAAACACCUCGCCUGCCUCUGAGCCCACCGUCUGCACCGUCGGUGCCACGACCUCUUCGGAUGCCCGCGCCUCCUUCUCCAACUACGGCUCCGUCGUCGACAUCUUUGCGCCCGGCCAGGACAUCCUAUCCACCUGGCCCAACCGCCAGACCAACACCAUCUCUGGCACCUCCAUGGCGACUCCCCACAUCGUCGGCCUCGGCGCCUAUCUUGCUUCUGUCGAGGGCUUCAGCGACCCCCAGGCUCUGUGCGCUCGUAUCCAGGCUCUUGCUGGCCGCAACGCGCUUUCGGGCAUCCCCUCUGGAACCAUCAACGCUAUUGCCUUCAACGGCAACCCUUCCGGUUAAAGGAUGUAACUCAGGG